AUGGGAACAUCCAUUUCGAAAAAACUUGAGGAACAACAGAAAAACAAUGACGAGAAAGCCGUGGAAGAGCUGCAGAUGCUGCAAGAGAUGAUGGUUAAUAAAGUUGCCGCCGCCAGAGCAGAGAUAAGGGAAAAGGCGCUCAAAGACGCUAAUGUCCCGAUUGUGGCGUUUGUCGACACAUCAGAGAAGUAUUCUGUCGACGUGUCGAACGCGCCUGAUGAUGCCAUAACUACAUCGAUCAAAGAAAUGUUUGGUGGAAACAUCAUACAGGGUCUUGUGAGCCUCAUCGGCGUGGCCCUCAACCAGUUCUUGGUAAACACUCAGGCUGGCGUAAGUGAACAGAACGAUUACCACAUCGUCUUUAGCGAUAACGCCCUCUUGCGAAUCGAUGUUAUGUUUUACAAAUACGAGUUUUCAUCCAAAGGAGUUGAAGAUGAACGUCGGAAUGGGUUCUGCUACUGCACACAAGCUGCUGUUCUUGACCUCAAAAAGGUGAGCCCGGAAGUCUUGCUAUACGAGCUCACACGUACGAUUGGCCAGGAAAAUAUUCCCGACGCAGUAAAACAGCUUCAUUUAACGGCUGAAUUUGGAGAGCAGUUGUACCAAGUCGUCAACGAGCUGACCAACGCUGCCAAGAAACCCCUCACAGAUUCUGAUGAUGGUGUUGGUCAUAAGAAAGAAAUAAGAAAUGCAAGCGAAGAAGAGGAUGAUGAGGAACAUGAUGACUGA